AUGCACUCCGACGAAGAGAGCAGCUUCAACGAGCUCGGUGCACUCAUGAAGAAAGUCAGAGCUGUAGAGUCGAUCGCACGCCAUCACGAAGAUGCUGUCAGGUUCCACGAAAAGGCCGGUCGAAACGCGGAGCUGCAAGCGGAGAAGGCGCGCACCGAAGCCAGAGCCCUUCGAGAGCUCUACAAGGAGUCCAUCAAGAAGUUUGCCACGGCAUUCAGCGUCGAAACUCCAGUGAGUGACUCAUCUACGGCGGAGUCGAUUCAAGAGAGGGCUCGCGAGAAACGCGCAACAAUCGAGUCGCAUCUGGAUUGGCCAUUCAGCGAAGGAGUGUUUUCUUCUGCCAAAAUCCAAGCCAUUGCGGCAACAGAUGCAGAGUUCGGAGUAAGAGAGAAAGCCUCGGACACCAAUGAGCUUCUCCCGACCUCUCUGCACAUCUCACACACCAACGCCGCCUUCACCCUCGCCGGGAAUACCUCGAGUGAGUACACCUCCAUUUCCAGCAGCUUCGUUCAGCGAGUGGCGAAGAGAAAGGAGAGUAUCAGCGCGCUGCAGAAGAUGAAUCCGACUCAUCUGCGCACUGCGUCAGAGCCGACGCGCAAGGUGAGUCCGAAGGCUGUGCAGAUGGAGGAAACAACGGAAGAGGAGGGACUGGGAUUGGAGCAUGAUCACAUCAAGGCUUUCCUGUGA